AUUUACUUGUGGAUUGUAUUUGUUUAUAAUUUUCCUCCUUUUAGAAGGAUUGAUCAAUAAUCAUUUGAACGUCAUCGUUCCCUGUAUUUAAUCCUAGAGCAAGAAAAGUUUUGUAUUCAUAUUCGAAAGAUCUCGAGCAAAAAGUGAACUUUUCUCUACUACUGUACUACUAGGGGAUUCAAGCUCUUUGGUAACUUCUUCUCCAAAGCGUCAACUUGACUUUCAAGUGACUGAAACAAUUGAUGCGUUAUACGAUACAUUGCAAGUCGGUUCCAGCUAAUUGUAAUUGUGUGUUUUAACCCUUUUUUGGUGUAUAUCUUGUUUGUAAAUCACUUUUUUUCCAAAUUUUCUUCGGUCUUUUUUAAACCAAAUUGACAUCGCUUCGUAAAAAUGACUACACAAGCGGUGACUUCUAUUCUAGACACUGACCUUUACAAGUUGACCAUGUUGCAAGCUGUGUUGGAACAUUAUCCAACAGCUGAGGUUUCCUAUGUGUAUACAAAUCGUUCUCCUGAAAUGGCACUAAACGAGGAGGCCGUAGCAUGGUUAAAACAAGGGAUUUCAAAUUUGAAAAACCUCAAGCUACUUCCUGAGGAAGAGGCUUGGCUCCGUCAUCGUUGCCCAUAUUUGAAGGAUUCCUUUUAUGAAUUUAUGCAUGCCUAUGCCUUUGAUCCAGAAAACACGGUUUUCCUCGAGUAUAAUAAGGAUACCAAGGAUCUCGCCAUUACAAUAAAAGGACUCUGGAAACACACCAUUUUUUAUGAAAUUCCAUUGCUUGCUCUUGUUUCAGAGGCCUACUUCAAAUUCGUUGACACCGAUUGGUCCUCUGAAGGACAAUUUGAGAAGGCUUACGAAAAAGGAAAACGCCUUAUAAAUGCUGGAUGUUUUUUUACAGACUUUGGUAGUCGUCGUCGUCGUGAUCACCAUGCUCAAGAUGUUAUGUUGCAAGGGUUAAUUAAAGCUCAGCAAGACGUUGAAGGACCUGGCCGUUUUCUUGGAACCUCCAACGUGCAUUUUGCACAAAAGUAUGAUCUGCAGGUGUCUGGUACCGUCGCCCAUGAGUGGUAUAUGGGCGUUGCUGCUAUUACGAAGAACUAUACGGAUGCUAAUCGAGUUGCUUCAGAAAAGUGGGUUCAGACAUUUGGUAAAAGCCUGUUAAUUGCUCUCACUGAUACUUUCUCUACCGAUGUUUUCUUACGGAACUUUACAGCAAAGACUCCUGAUGAUUUGGCCAGUGUCUUUCAUGGUGUUCGACAGGACAGCGGAGUUGCUGAAGAAUACAUUGAAAGGAUUGUUGAGCAUUACCAAUCACUAGGUAUUGACCCUUCCACAAAAAUGAUUGUUCACAGUGACGCUUUGAACGUUGAUCGUUGCAUCAAUUUGCACAAUUACGGUAAGAAGUUUGGCAUCAAGUCUUCAUUCGGGAUUGGUACAAAUUUCACCAGUGAUUUUAAUCACGUUUCAAAGCCAGACCAAAAGAGCAAACCCAUGAAUAUCGUAAUUAAAUUACACAGUGCCAAUGGAGCCAAGGCUGUCAAGAUCAGUGAUGAUAUCAUGAAAAAUACUGGUGACAGAGAUGCUGUUGUGGAAGUAAAGAAGCAACUUGGUCUUCCUUUAGAGUAAUCGUAAAAGUAGAUGGAUCGGUUCUUUGAAGUUUGUUAAAUAUCUUUCAUUUUUGUUGCGAUUGUUAUAAUACGAUGAAUAAAUCGAAAGUUCUAAAAGCUUGAGAGGUGAUGCUUGCAAAUAGAUUCGUGCGCGCGACACGAAGAGGUAUAUGUACCUCCGUAUCACAAACCAAAAAUUUUAGUAAACUAGUAGAAAUGAAUUGAUUAAAAACGAGAUCGAAGACUCGAAAC